UGAAGAAACUGCACGGGCUAUGAUUCAAUGGACUCAGCAUGACGAUUCUUCAGAAAACUUUUGUGAAGCUGAUGAUAUCCAUUCUCCUGAAGCAGAGUAUGUAGAUUUGCUUCUGAAUCCAGAACGUUACACUGGCUACAAAGGCCCCGAAGCCUGGAAGAUUUGGAACAGUAUUUAUGAAGAAAACUGUUUUAAGAUUUCUAAGAUAGUAAUGUUUAUUUAUAUUUUUAACAUCUUUACAUCUUGCUUUUCAAUCUACCAUAUUUUUCAGAGAGUAAGAGAAAAUGAAGGGAAUAUGUUUUACAGCUGGUUGCAAGAUCUCUGUGUGGAGAAGAGAGCUUUCUACAAACUUAUUUCUGGUCUUCACGCAAGCAUCAACAUUCAUCUCAGUGCCAGAUACCUUUUGCAAGACACGUGGGCAGAGAAGAAAUGGGGGCACAAUGUUACAGAGUUCCAGCUGCGCUUUGAUGAGAUCUUGACACAAGGCGAAGGUCCCAGGAGGCUGAAGAACCUGUAUUUCAUCUAUCUAAUUGAGUUACGGGCUCUCUCAAAAAUCUUGCCCUUUUUUGAGCGCCUUGAUUUCCAGCUUUUCACAGGGGACGAGGAUCAAGAUGUAAAAACCAAGAACCUUCUCCUGGAAGUUCUUCAUUUAAUUAAAUCUUUUCCUUUGCACUUCGAUGAAAAUUCACUUUUUGCUGGAAACCAAAAAGAAGCUGCCAAGUUAAAGGAGGAAUUUCGGUUCCAUUUUAAGAACAUUUCAAGGAUCAUGGAUUGUGUAGAGUGCCUAAAAUGUCGCCUUUGGGGGAAACUGCAAACUCAGGGCUUGGGAACAGCGCUGAAGAUCCUAUUUUCUGAAAAACUGAUAGAAAACAUACCAGAAAAAGGCCCUUCACAUGAAUUUCAUCUAACGAGGCAGGAGAUUGUGUCCCUCUUCAAUGCUUUUGGAAGGAUUUCAACAAGCGUUAAAGAAUUAGAAAACUUCAAGGAGCUCUUACGCCCUCUUCAGUGAAUUGACCCUGAUGGAGACCAACUUCCUUGUUUUAUGCAGAUUGGGCUCAGAGUUUAUUCCUGCUGGUGUCAUGCCAAUAUGACCCUAUUCUUGGCAAGAAAGGCUAAAUCAACAUGAUUGUAAAAAAAUGGUCACAUUCUCUAGCUUACAAGUUUAUAUUUGGCUCUGGGGUAGCUGAAAUAUUCAUGAAAGACUCUUCUUUCAGAGCAGGAUAUAUAUCAGAUAUUGGCCUUAAGCAUUCUGAUUUUUUAACAUGCACACACACACACACACACACACACACACACACACACACACACACACA